AUGGCCAUUGAUCAUGUUUGCAUUAAUUAUGCUUCUGGUUACAUUCACCAUGCUACUAUCAAAGAUUUGACGUUUGACACAAAAUACUUCUAUGAAGUUGCGUCUAAUGAAGUUACCCGUCAGUUCUCCUUCACAACUCCUCCCAAGCCAGGACCUGACGUUUCUUACACCUUUGGUGUCAUAGGUGACUUGGGACAAACUGCAGAUUCCAAUCGAACUCUAGAGCAUUAUAUGUCGAACCCAAUAAAAGGCCAAGCUGUGCUAUUUGCUGGUGAUCUUUCAUAUGCUGAUGAUCACCCUAACCAUGACAAUACCAAGUGGGAUACAUUUGGUCGUUUCAUUGAGAAGAGCGUUGCGUACCAACCCUGGAUUUGGAGUGCAGGCAAUCAUGAAAUUGACUUAGCUUCUAAUUUGGAAGAAACCGAUCCUUUCAAGCCAUAUUUGCACCGCUAUUAUGUACCCUACAAGGCAUCCCAGAGUACUUCCCCAUUUUGGUAUUCAAUUAAGCGUGCAUCGACAUAUAUCAUUGUUCUUUCUUCUUACUCAGCCUAUGAUUGCAGAGCACUGGAGUUGCCGAGUUGCUUGCCAUCAGUUUCAUUCAGGGGAAGGCCAAUAAUGGAAAGGAAGGUAUUAGUUUGCCUUCAAGACCCAGUAUCUAGACUGUGGCCAGUCAUCUACCAUGAGAAACAGGGUAUCAAAGUUUUGGCAAGUGGUUGGGAAGCAUUUUGUAAGGCAAAUCGCAUUCAGGUUGGAGAUGAAUGUGCUUUUGAAAUUGAGGAUGUGUCUGAGUGCAUUUAUAAGGUUAAUGUUGAUAGGAAGUAA